UAAUAUGAUAUUCUUAAAAAUAUUAUAAAAUUGAGAAUUUUUUUCAUCAGAAAGAUAAUAAUUUCCUCACAGUGUUGAGUGUGAUAGAGCUAGUCGCGAUCAGCUGUCCAGUAUUGGUUAGGUUAUGUACCUAGUUGAACUAUCAAAAUACAAGAAAAUUUCCAGGAUUAGAUUUGUAUAUUUACUGCGAUGUUUAUGUUUCUUUUUUCUUUAUUUCAAUUUUAUGUGAAGCAUGAUUUCGAGAAGCAUACGUUGUGAUCAUAAUAUACGUCAUUACAGUAACUGUUAUUAAAAUAACGAUAAUUAUAGCUGAGCCAUUAAUACUGCAUGCACUUUGGUAAGCAUCUGUUAUCUUUUUAUAGCCUUUAUACAAUAUAUUCGCUGCCUUUGUAUCAUGGAAGUGAGAUGCAGGCAUUGCUGCAAAUCUCUUUUUAAGGGUGAUUCUAUCUUGUUUAAUGCGCACCACGAGGUAAAGCAAGGGGCAACGGAUGUAGGAUGCCAGGCAGAUGAAUCAGAUUGCUCGUACAUGAUUCCAGAGAAUGUACCAGAUAUAUUUAUGGAUGCCAUCGAUCAAGGAUCUUGGACCAAGGGAAAAUUACAUUGUCCGUACUGCAAGAGUCGCUUAGGAUCUUUCAACUUUGUGAAUGAAUUUAAGUGUUGCUGUGACAAAUAUGUGAAGCCGCCCAUAAGGAUGGUUAACUCUAAAGUAGACAUAUUAUAUGAAAGUUUAAGAUAAUAAGUAAAAACGGAACUGUAUUUCAGUACACAUAUUGUCUGUUUUGCGAAUUAAUGAAUGAAUAUUCAUUUACUUCUAGCUUUCUAACCAAAGAAGGAACUUGGUUUACAUGUUUUCUAAUCCACACACUCAUGUACAUCUCUUCCUACUUUUCGACCUUUGUAAAAUCCAAUCAUUUACCUAUCUAUGUCAUUAUGCUUACAUAGCCUUUUGUUUCUGAACAUUUUUAAACUUUUUCUUUAUCUCCCUUCGCACUUAAUUCAUUUUCCAUCUGUUUUAUAUAGGUACCUCUAUAAAUAGUACUCAUGAAAUUGUGGAAAAUAUUUUUCUGUAGAAAUCAUGUUUCUUGUAUGUAAAUCAUGUAAUGACUUAGCUAUUUCGAAUAAUAUAUAAAUUUGUUAUCACAUUUAUUCGUGAUUGAUAAUAUAAUUUACUAGCCAAACUUUUUUUAUCUUAAUUUUUACUUAGAUCUUUUUUUUUAUUUAUUCAUAUUUACAUUAUUUAGUUACAUCUUACUCAACUUAUGUAUAUCUUGUACCUAUAUAUAGUGGCGAGGAUGCGUCUGAGAUCUUAAUUUAUGUAACAUUUUUAUAUAUUUUUAUAGUAAAAUGGUAUUGCAUGAUAUUAAUUACAGACAACAUUGUCAACUAGUGCUGCUAUUUACUGUAUGUACAGUGUAAAAUACAGGAUUUUUCUUUCGAUUAUGUACAAAACUUGGACAUAUUACAUAGAUUUGAUGUACAAUGUA